GGAACUGCCUUUGGGAACUGAACCCCAUUAGCUGGACUCCACGACCUCCCUUUGGACGCCCAGGAGCCCUCCGGCCCGCACAGGGGUCCGCGGGCCAGUGCGCACGCGCCAGCCUCGCAGCCGCGUCCCCUUUAAGAGGAUUCCUUUGGCUUCCUCCGACCCCUUCGCUUCCGCUCCGCGUUCCCACAAUGCUGUGCGGCUGAGCGCCUCCGAGCCCGCGGGGACGCUGCGGGGGGACCCCGGCUGAGGAGGCGGCGGCGGCGACGUGGGCUGCGGCGGGCCCGCGGCGUCGGGGGGUGCGGAUGUCGGGCUGGGCGGACGAGCGCGGCGGCGAGGGCGACGGGCGCGUCUACGUGGGGAACCUUCCGACGGACGUGCGCGAGAAGGACCUGGAGGACCUGUUCUACAAGUACGGCCGCAUCCGCGAGAUCGACCUCAAGAACCGGCACGGCCUGGUGCCCUUCGCCUUCGUGCGUUUCGAGGACCCCCGAGAUGCUGAAGAUGCAGUUUAUGGAAGGAAUGGUUAUGAUUAUGGCCAGUGUCGACUUCGUGUGGAGUUCCCCAGAGCUUAUGGAGGUCGGGGUGGGUGGCCCCGUGGUGGGAGGAAUGGACCUCCUACAAGAAGAUCUGAUUUCCGAGUUCUUGUUUCAGGACUUCCUCCCUCAGGAAGCUGGCAGGACCUGAAGGAUCACAUGCGAGAAGCUGGAGACGUCUGUUACGCAGAUGUGCAGAAGGAUGGAAUGGGGAUGGUUGAGUAUCUCAGAAAAGAAGACAUGGAAUAUGCCCUGCGUAAACUGGAUGACACCAAAUUCCGCUCUCAUGAGGGUGAAACUUCCUACAUCAGAGUUUAUCCAGAGAGAAGCACCAGCUAUGGCUACUCACGGUCUCGGUCUGGGUCAAGAGGCCGUGACUCUCCAUACCAAAGCAGGGGUUCCCCACACUACUUCUCUCCCUUCAGGCCCUACUGAAACAGAAAGCAAUAAAGGAGAAGGAGAUUCCCAUUGAAGGACUGGAGUUCAUGGGCCAUGGCAGAGACAAGCCUGAAAGCUCUUCUUGACCUUGUCAGUCACCUUGAAAAUAGACUCCUCAGAUCUGGAAAUUUGAGCCGUCUGGAUUUUGUCAAUUAAGGCUGUGAAGAUAGCCAUCAAUUCAAUGAGGACUUAUUUUCCUCCUAGAUGUUUUCCUCUCACUUUGAACCAUCACUUUUUACUUUGGGAUGAUUUCUCACUUGCUCUGACAUCUUGCAGGAACUCGCUGUGCUAAAACUGAAUUUCUUGGGAUUAUGGUUGCAAUACUUCAUCUGGGAUCUUGUAUCUAAAGACUGAUAAACUUGUCAGGAUAAUCAUGGUUGCCUGACCCCUAGAGUUAUGCCUCAAAGGACAUUAGAUAUACUGUACUGGGGUCAUUGUUCACAGAAGCAACUGGUUAGGACCUCUUUUCUCUCAGGGAGCUAAUCCUCGGAAAAGGGAUCCCAGCAUGACUGUUUCAAUCAAUGCUUGGGAGCAGUUUUAUUUUUUUAUAUAGUAACUUAACUGUUCAGAUUGCUCAAUGGUGGACUGGGUUAGCCAAGAGGAAGCUUUUAACAGUUCCCGGCCUUAACAAGAGGUGUCAGAUCUCAGAUUAAGAUGUUAAAGCUUCAAGAACGUUAGCAUGAACACCAUUUCAGUGUUCAUAGUGUAGUUCAGCCAUUAAGAUCCCUGGAGUAUGCUAUGGAGGAAAAUCCUAAAUUGAUUGCAAAGAUUUGCUGCUGUGGCCAGCUUUCAAGCUAAGUCAAUGAAUUAAGUCAACCUGUGUAUCAUGAAAAUGCCAAAAUACUGUAUCUGGUUAGGGGAGAAAGGCAUUUGCUUUAUUUUCGUUGUUUACCCACCCUGCCCUGUAAUAUCUGUAAUCAUGAAGAUGGAAUAAAUUGUAACAUUUCGUUUCUA